AUGUGUACAAAUAUAAAUCGUACUCCUAAUGAAGACGUACUCCUUAACGAACAGCAAGAGUUGAAUACCGAAUUKUUAAAGCUCCAAGAAUGGUCCGAACAGAAAAUAAAUAAUCAUAUGUCUCUGCACAACCAGAUGGUGGUAUAUUACGAUCGGAUGUUGACAAAAUGUAGCGUAUAUGAGGUGGUUUUAGAACGGACCCGUACGGAAAACGCACGUUUCAAGUUCACCUCACAGUGUCUGAUGGACAGAAUCAAAGAAUUGACCAGCAGUGGUGUCGAAAAAUCUUCGACCAAUUCUGUCAAUAACGAUCACGAAAAAGAUGGAGAUGACGAUGACGAUAGCGAUAACGAUACCGAUCCGAUAGCUACGUACUUKGAAGUGAGUCUAAAUGAAAUUAAUGUAGCGAUAAGAACUAAUGAUUUGUUAAAAGCAGCGAAGCCAAUGGGUCUAGAAGUGAAUCAGGAUAAAACCAAAUAUUUAGUCAUGACUAGGGGAACAAGGGAUAUCUCGGACCUAGUAGUAGAAAACUAUACCUUCCAACAAGUGGAAAACUUCAAAUAUCUUGGGGCAAACAUAAAUCAAUACAAUAACAUGCAUAAUGAAAUUAAAAUUAGGAUAUCAGCCGCUAAUAAGGGUUAUUACGCUUUGGAAAAAUUKUUCAAGUCAAAGUUCCUCUCUAGACUAUCAAAGGAACGCCUGUUCUUAAGUUUCCUACGGCCAGUUCUAACAUUUGCAUGUGAAACAUGGUCGACUACUAWAGGAGAUGAGGAAAAAAUGGCUUGCUUCGAAAGAAGAGUUCUUAGAAGGAUUUAUGGACCUAUACUAGAAAAUGAAAUGUACAGAAGAAGAACCAAUAGGGAAGUACAACAAAUUUAUCAAAAACCUGGUAUCAACGCGUACCUUAUGAGCAAACGAAUUGAGUGGGCAGGCCAUGUAUGGAGGUCAAAUGGUAUCCUAAAGAAAGCUCUGGAAGGAAAAAUCAAUGGAAAAAGACCUAGGGGUCGCCCCAGACAGCGCUGGAUAGACAGAGUUAAGGAGGAUAUAGACAAGUGCGCCCAGGGAUUGACUUUAGAGGAUAGUGUUGACAGAGAUAGUUGGAGAAAAGCCAAGAUAUCGGUCAAAUUGAUGCACCAAGAAUCUGCACAGGACGAACUCGACGAAGUGUUGCGUACAGAAAACGCCCGGCUGCAGGCCCAGUUGGGAAGGAGUGCACUUGUKGAGGCCGCGCUGCAGUCGAAGGUACACGAUUUGGAGCUGGAGCUGACCAAGCUAACGGGAGUGACGCAAUUCGAGCAGGGGCAGUACCAGGAUGGUUUUGGAAGUGAGAUGAUAGACAGCUCGUCAACGUCAAUGAUAYUAGAUCAGUGUAGUUUGUCACAAAUGAGCCACGACCAAAAGGCCAGUUGUCUGGACCUAGGAAGCGGUGAUGACCAAUUGAUACCUAGUUUGUUGUUGUCAACAAAAAGCUGUUCCGUCRWUGAGGAYGACCAACUAUCUAAUUCGCAGUCGAUCAUUGACGACCACCAACUGUCGUGUUUGGAGUUGACCGACGACGACCACCGAUCGCUAAGCCCAACUCAAACUGCUGUGCAAGAAAAUGCCGAUGAACUGAGAAGUCGUCGUUUGGCCGAACUAAUAAAACAAUACGAGGGGCUGCACGGAUAUGCGGUCUACCGAAAUUUUUCUGCUCAGAUAAGCUAGACAUAUUAUGUAGA